GCAGUCUCAUGUCUGAACUCUGCUUUUUCAUUCCACGCUGUCUGUCCACCCCACCCCUCGGCCGUCCUCCCACCUCCCAGCUCCGUCCUUCCUCUAUCUGAUGCUCAUGUCUUCUCCGUCUGCCCUCCCUCCGCUCUGACUAAUGUUUCUUCAGUUUUCUGUUUUCUUUCUGGGCUUCUCCACGGACCUUCAAUACCUGAACAAAUAGGCUGAAGCUGAAAUGACUCCAGAAAAGGAAAGUAAUGGACUUGACAACUAUGCCUUUGCGCUGGAGGGACGUUUCUGUGAUCUACCCAACGGAGGAGAAGAACUAGACUCCUCUAUGGACGAAGACAGCAACAAGCUAGCAUACUGUGUGACAGAUGUUCCUCCCUGGUACCUGUGCAUCAUUCUAGGCAUCCAGCACUGUUUCACUGCAUUCGGAGGCAUCAUCGCCAUCCCCCUGAUCCUGUCUCAGGGUUUGUGUCUGCAGCAUGACGGCCUCACACAAAGCCACCUCAUCAGCACCAUCUUCUUCGUUUCUGGCAUCUGCACUCUGCUGCAGGUUACCUUUGGCAUUAGACUGCCCAUUCUCCAAGGUGGUACGUUCACACUGUUGGCCCCCUCCAUGGCGAUGCUGUCCAUGCCAGAGUGGACGUGUCCUGCAUGGACUCAGAAUGCCAGCUUAGUCAACACCUCCUCCACAGACUACGUAGAGGUGUGGCAGAGUCGAAUGAGAGCACUACAGGGAUCCAUUAUGGUGGGCUCCCUCUUCCAGGUGUUUGUUGGUUUCUCAGGCCUCAUCGGCCUCUUCAUGCGCUUCAUCGGACCUCUCACCAUCGCUCCCACUAUCUCCCUCAUCGGUCUGUCCCUGUUUGACUCGGCUGGUAGCAGCGCUGGGAACCACUGGGGCAUCUCUGCAAUGACCACAGCACUGAUCAUCCUGUUCUCACAGUAUCUCCGUCACAUAUCGGUGCCUUUUCCUACUUACAGCAAGGAUAAAAAGCUGCACACCUCUAGGGUCUACGUCUUUCAGAUUCUUCCUGUGCUGCUUGGAAUCACGCUGUCUUGGCUCAUCUGUUACCUUCUGACAAUCUACAAUGUGCUUCCUACUGACCCAGAUCAGUAUGGUUACCUGGCGCGCACUGAUUUAAAGGGAGAUGUUAUGAGUCAGUCUCCCUGGUUCACCUUCCCUUACCCCGGUCAAUGGGGGAUGCCGACUGUGAGCCUGGCAGGCGUCGUCGGGAUCUUGGCUGGGGUGAUUUCCUCCAUGAUAGAGUCAGUCGGGGACUACCAUGCCUGUGCGAGGUUAUCUGGAGCUCCACCCCCACCUAAACAUGCCAUCAACAGGGGUAUUGGUAUUGAGGGAAUCGGCUGUCUGCUGGCCGGUGCCUGGGGUACUGGAAAUGGUACGACUUCAUACAGUGAGAAUGUCGGAGCCCUCGGGAUUACAAAGGUGGGCAGUCGCAUGGUGAUCGUGGCCAGUGGUGUGUUGCUGGUUGUCAUGGGUGUAUUUGGUAAAGUGGGUGCAGUUUUCACCACUAUCCCGUCACCUGUCAUAGGAGGAAUGUUCAUGGUCAUGUUUGGCGUCAUUUCUGCAGCAGGAGUCUCCAAUUUGCAGUAUGCAGACAUGAAUUCAUCUCGAAACAUCUUCAUCUUUGGCUUUUCCAUGUUCUCUGGACUGGUCAUUCCCAACUGGAUAUUAAGUAACCCCAAAGCUAUCACUACAGGUGUAGUAGAACUUGACCAAGUGCUGCAGGUACUUCUGACUACCAGUAUGUUUGUUGGAGGCUUCUUUGGUUUUAUAUUGGACAACACCAUUCCAGGAUCAAAGCAUGAACGAGGCAUCCUGGCCUGGAACAAGGCUCACGAGGACGACUCCAGCAACACACUGGAGAGCGGAGAAGUCUACAACCUUCCCUUUGGCCUCAGCUCUUAUUUGCCUUCUUCCUCCUGGUGCCGGUACAUACCCUUCUGCCCUCCUGGUAUGCCCAGCUCCCUGAACGCAUGUGGAGCGGAUGCUAAUUCUCUGGAGCCUAAACAGCCACUGGGACAGCCAGAGCCUGCACAGAUCAUAGUUGGAGUCGGUUUGUGAGCGGCGUAUGCACUCCAGCAUGCCAUUUUGGGGGAUUUUCCAAAAGCAAUACCAUCAAAGGCAGCUCGGUUUGGACCUUCUGUCCCAUGUUGACGGUACUGUACUGUAACAUCAGGGUGCGACGUGUUUAAACGACCUCUUGGAGUGAAAUUUGCAAAUGAUAUCUUGAAUUGGUACAUGAGCUUCCAUUAGGGAGUUUUAUUAGACCUGCUGCAAAUUGAUGACAUUGAUAAAUUGAUAUUUGCUGAUGAUAGACAGCUGACAUAUGCUGAACCCCUCCCCUCUCUUUCUGUACAGUAAUCUGUAUUCACAGAGCAUAUACUCUGAGUAUAACCUAUGAUUUGAAGCUUGAUGUUAGUUUUCUCAUCUUAUUCACAUCCGACUGCAGUCACAUCCAGGUGCUAGUGAACAAACACUGAAAAGACAUGUGAAUGUAAAUAAAUCUGUGACAUUUAAUGCAACAUAUAGAUCCAAUAUAUAGUUUUGUGUACAUACAGUACCUCACAUUUGCUGUAACAGUCAAUAUUUUAAUAACUGUUUGUGCACUUUACGUAUUUGUGUGACAGGACUUUUCUCUCAGCCUGUCAGCAUACAAGAUGCAACGUUUCCUCAAAGCACAAAUCUACUGACUACUAUUCAUGGAAAUUUUUAUAAAAAUGCAAGUUUUUUUUCCCUAUGUACAUAUUAAACUUCAAUAUGGAACCAUUCAGUAGCAACACCA